AUUCCAACGCUCUGAGAGGGCAAUAUGGUCUUGAUGUUGGUUUCUCUGCUCAUUUUGGCUUUCGAAUCGCACUUUGCUUCUGUUGGAGUCCGGGCUCCGCCAACACCUAAACAUAGUCAAACUCAUCAACUUCCACCAAUUGCACUAGAGACAGCAGAAGCUCACCUCCACUACCAGCAGCAGAAGGAAUUGCUGCAGGAGCAGGAGCAGCAAAAGUACUCUCAGCAGCCCCCCUACACUCCCCCUAUCAACCGCAAGACUAGAGGUCUAGUGCAAAACAUUGACCAACUUUACUCUGGAGGAGGCAAAGUGGGAUAUCUCUUAUAUGCGGCGGGCAAGAAAUUUCUUUUGGAUUUGGAACAAGAUGGAUCAGCGGACUUCCCAGAGCUUCUGUAUCCUGUUUUUGACCAGAGCAGUCAUCAGGGGACAUUGCCUCCAUCUCAGCGCCGCCGGGAUCACUGCUUCUACCGAGGCACCGUGGAUGGGAGCACUAGCUCCCUGGCCCUCUUUAACCUCUGUGGGGGGAUGAAGGGCUUCUUCGCUAUUAAACAUACUCGUUACACCAUAAAGCCGUUGUGGCUGGGGACAAGGGAGGCUGAAGAGGGGCGGCUGUUUGCAGACCGGUCUCUCCGGGUGCUGCACGUUUUCAUUAAAGAGAGCUUCAGUUUCAAAACGCUGAAGCUUCGCAGCAGCUGCGAGACCACUAGCUCUCCCAGGACAAACCACAGACAAGGAGAAGCACUCCCUACUCAGGCUCACCAAACGUCCCAGAUCAUGCCAUCUCCGCAGCCCUUUGCAGCACCGGCUCCCGAACCACUGACGGGGUGGCGACGUCAGCGGCGCUCCAUCUCCAGGGCCAGGCAGGUGGAGCUGUUGCUCGUGGCGGAUGUGUCCAUGGCCAAGAAGUAUGGCCGGGACUUACAGCAUUACCUGUUGACUUUGGCUUCCAUCGCUUCGCGGCUUUACAGUCACCCAAGCAUCGAGAACCACAUCCGUCUAGCGGUGGUGAAGGUAGUGGUGCUGGAUGACAAGGAGAAAGGGCUGGAGAUAAACAAGAACGCAGCCACUACUCUCAAGAACUUCUGCAAGUGGCAACACCAACACAACCAGUUGGGAGAUGAUCAUGAGGAGCAUUAUGAUGCAGCUAUCCUGUUUACUCGGGAGGAUUUAUGUGGACAUCAUUCAUGUGAUACUCUUGGAAUGGCAGAUGUUGGGACCAUAUGUUCUCCUGAGCGCAGCUGUGCAGUGAUUGAGGAUGAUGGUCUCCAUGCAGCUUUUACAGUUGCUCAUGAAAUUGGACACCUACUUGGACUGUCUCAUGAUGAUUCUAAAUUUUGUGAAGACAACUAUGGCUCCAUGGAAGAUAAACGCUUAAUGUCUUCCAUCCUAACUAGCAUUGAUGCUUCCAAACCCUGGUCCAAAUGUACAUCAGCAACCAUUACGGAAUUCCUGGAUGAUGGUCAUGGUAACUGUUUGCUGGACUUACCAAGAAAGCAGAUCCUGGGCCCUGAAGAGCUCCCAGGACAGACAUAUGAUGCUAUCCAUCAAUGCAAGCUGGCAUUUGGGCCUGAGUACACAGUAUGUCCUGGCAUGGAUGUCUGUGUUCGCCUGUGGUGUGCAGUUGUUCGACAGGGCCAAAUGGUGUGUCUGACCAAGAAGCUGCCAGCUGUGGAAGGGACGCCAUGUGGGAAAAGCAGGAUUUGCCUUCAGGGCAAGUGCGUCGACAAAACCAAGAAAAAAUAUUAUUUGACGUCAAACCAUGGCAACUGGGGUUCCUGGGGUUCCUGGGGCCAAUGUUCCCGUUCAUGCGGGGGAGGAGUUCAGUUUGCUUUUCGCCAUUGUAAUAAUCCACCACCUAGAAACAAUGGACGAUACUGCACUGGAAAGAGAGCCAUCUACCGCUCCUGUAGUGUCACAGCGUGUCCAACGUACGCUAAAGCCUUUCGUCAGGAACAAUGUGAAGCUAAAAAUGGAUUUCAAUCAGAUAUAAAAGGGAUCAAGACAUUUGUGGAGUGGGUGCCCAAAUAUGCAGGAGUUCUGCCCGCAGAUGUGUGCAAGCUGACCUGUAGAGCCAAAGGAACAGGCUACUAUGUGGUAUUUUCCCCAAAGGUGAAGGAUGGAACCGAAUGUAGACCAUACAGUAAUUCAAUCUGUGUUCAAGGGAAAUGUGUAAGAACUGGUUGUGACAACAUUAUUGGUUCAAAGCUCCAAUAUGAUAAGUGUGGUGUAUGCGGAGGAGAUAAUUCCAGCUGUACAAAGGUCAUGGGAACAUUUACUAAAAAAAGUAAGGGUUACACAGAUGUAGUGAGGAUACCUGAAGGUGCCACUCACAUCAAAGUCCGACAAUUCAAGGCAAAAGACCAGAACAGAUUUACUGCUUACUUAGCCCUGAAAAAGAAAAAUGGUGAGUACUUGAUCAAUGGAAAGUAUAUGAUAUCUACGUCAGAGACUAUUAUUGAUAUCAAUGGGACUGUCAUGAACUAUAGUGGUUGGAGCCACAAGGAUGACUUCUUACAUGGGAUGGGACAUUCAGCUACAAAAGAGAUUCUUAUAGUUCAGAUUCUUGCAACAGACCCAAGCAAAACAGUAGAUGUCCGCUAUAGCUUCUUCGUUCCCAAAAAGUCAACAUCCAAAUCAAACUCAGUCAGUCAUCAUGGAAGCAAUAAAAUGGGAUCACAGACCUCACAGCUACAGUGGGUUACAGGCCCAUGGCUUUCCUGCUCUAGAACAUGUGACACAGGCUGGCAUACCAGGACUGUGCAAUGCCAGGAUGGACACAAAAAAUUAGCAAAAGGAUGUCUACUGUCACAGAGACCCUCAGCAUUCAAGCAGUGUUUUCUAAAGAAAUGCUAGCACAUGGUUAUGAUUUUGUUUAGAAAAAUAAUUGAGCAAGACACCACUGGCGUACCUUGGGUGGAAAAAUCUAAACUUCGUUGUAAUUACUUUCAUGAUUCAAAUUAUGAGCAGAAUCUGCUUUUCAAACCCUGGAAUAUGACAAAGGAAGCCUUGAAAAUUAAGUCUUCUGGGCCUAAAAGGAAUAGCAAAAUGAAUGAAUGUAAGCUCAUAAGGUAUUUGAAGAGUACAAACCUAUUUCCUCUUUAUCACCUACCUCUUAAAAAUGCCUUUGAAGACAUCAUAAUAAUUUUCAAUCAUGAUUUAUUUUUGCUGUUUGUAAAUAUAUAAUUUUUAUAUAACUUGAUUCUAUUAAAAAUAAUUCAUUCUAUACAUAAAGUGAUUGACCAAAGUAGGUCUGCAGCUGUUUUCAGUUUCACCCAUUUUCCAGAAAGAGCUGUGGAUAUUUUACUGGAAAAUAUAAGCUUGUUGUUGAUAGUAGACAAUAUAUUUUUUAAAAGACUAACACCAUGACAAAAUGUAAUUUUAAAAAUUCUUGAGCAGAGAUUAUCAGAAUACUUAUAAACAUAUAUAGAGGCUCUCUGAUAUAUUAGUACCUGUAUUUUUCAGGUUGCCAGCCAAAUUGAUUAGAACAUAUUUUGUACGUAUGUAUGUGUAUAGAAUUUGGAUUUUUUAAGACAUCAGUGGGGGGGGCGUGCAGAAAUUUAGUAUUUACAAAAAAAAUCAAAUAUUUUAUAAUAUUGUCAACUAUAUAUUCUUGACUGUUUUCUUCCUGUGGUUUGCAAGUGAAAUUUAAAGUUUCAUGUGCCUAAAAAUAGCUAUUGGAGAGGCUAUAUUUUCCUUAAUAAGGAAAGAUACCCAACAAAUUGUAUUGUAUCUCUACUUAAAACUUUAUAUCCUAGAAUCCUCCCUCUUACCAGAAAAUAUGUAAUGUGCUGUUUGUCUAUCUUGUUUUGUUAAAAACUAUAUCAUAUAAGGAAUUAGUGUUUUGAUUACCUUAAAUAUUCGGUUUUACUAAAAAUAUUGUGUCACUCAGAAAUUAACCACAUCCAGAUGUGGUUGCCAUCAAUGUCAGUAAGAGUUUUUCCAUGUAGAAGUUAAUAAUUUAUUUUUUUAAAAGAGAAAAAUAAUUGGUAUAUCAAACAUACUUCACAUACUAAAGACUUCUUUCCCAAAUGAAAAGCAUAUUAUUUUAGUAGUAUUACGCUAGAAAAAAAAACUAUUAUAUUAACCAUAAACAUGCAGGCUUCUCUCCUCUUCCAAAUUUUUGUUACAUGAGUUUAAAGUCUGAAAACAUGUAGGCCUUUACAAUUUUUAGACUACUAAUGCCAUUUAGACCAUAUUGUAAUUUUUAAAAGAGAAACACAUAGAGUUAAACUUGGAGAAAUUUCAGAGUGUCCUUUUAUCUUAGUUUCAUAAUAGUCAUAACCACAUAUAUUUGAUGUUAUUGUACUGGUAGACAUGACAUAUCUUAUGGAGGCAUGGAUUUUUAUGUAUUAUGUUUUCAUAAAGCAAAGAAUGCUUAUAAUCCAUUGAUUUAAAUGGUUAUUUAGAAGUAUUUAACUUUAGAGAUACUCAAUAUUUGGCAGAAGAAAAAAUUAUUUGAUUUAAGUCAUUCAACUCAUACCAAUCCAGCUGACAGAUUUCCUGACACAGACUGUGAUGGCUGUGUUUAAAUUCUGUGUUUUAAUUUAUGUCUUUUCACUGAACAGUCUUUCUGUAUAUUCCAACUGCCUAGAGUGUAUUACUUCAUUUGCAUUGUAUUUUAGCAUAACACCAGCUUUAUUAUCCUGGCAGUCUCAGAGACCAACCGAUAUAAUGUCCAAAGUAUUUAUUCAGACCAUUUUUCUUGAUUUCUCUCUUAUGUGAUAUAACCUCUUCACAUGAUCAAAACACAUUGUACAUGUUUCCAUAAAAGAAAAUCAGUUGAAGUUGUUUACUUGUAUCACCAAAACUCAUAUUUAAGCUAAUUGUUUGGAUACUUUGUAGAUAUAUCCUCAAUUCAUAAUUUUGCACCAUUUGAUUGUGAUCAUGCUGAAGAUGGAUAUUGAGUUCAUCAUUGCAGACAAAUGGGAGGAUAUAAAUGAGGUGACCUCUUCCAAUUCUCAACUUGUGAUCCUAUAAAUGUGCCUGAAAAAUUCUAGGGUCCUAGAAGCACAGGGCUGCCUCUUCCUAACAAAUCUGAGUUGAGUCAAACAUCAUUGCACGCAUUCCUUUUUCUCUGUGAUGGAGCCAUAAAAUAUUGUAGAUAUAAAAAAUCAGUGGUGCUUUUCAUUUUCUUUCUGAGGAAAAUACUCCUCUUGAAUAUUAAUCUACAGUGUUAGUAUUUAUUACUCAAAUGACAUAGAGUUGACCUCAAACCACUAUAUCUAACAGCUCUAUGUAAAGGACCCUCUUUCUUUUGCCCAAGCAGUAUCUGCUGCUCUCACUGACGGAUAAGGGUAGAAUGACUCCAAGAAUGUAUGUACAAAGGAUGGAAUGACUAAGACGGGAUAAUGCAGUUCAGAGAAAUGGACACUUCCAUAUCUCUAAAGAAUAAAGACUGUGUACUAGGGGAAAAUCUUCAAAGGUCCCUUUCAACUCUAGAUCUAUGGUCCUAUAGACUAUUUUUCUGCUUGAAAGUGGGAGGCAGCAUGGUGCAUUGGAAAAGUGCUGGUUUUGGAGUCAGAGAACCUGAGUUCAAAUCCCUUCUUUGCUAGUUACAAUUUUUAAAAAAAAUCUCUAUGUCUUGGUAUCAUAAUCUGUAAAAUGGGAGGGUUUACAGGAGAUGACUUUUAAGGCAUCUUCCAAUUCUGAUCCUGUGAUCCUAUAAACAUGCUUAUUUUCAUUAUGCCUGAAAAAUCCUAAAGUCCUUAAAGCUCAGGGCUGCUUCCUCCUAACAAAUUUGAGUUGAAUUGGAAUGCUCAGGUUUGAUGACAAUGAAAUUUCACCCACAAAAGUUAGUAACUCCUGGAAUUUCUUUCCUUAUGAAGAAAAAAGGAUGAAAGAAAAUAGCUUCUUUUUCUGAUUACACGAUUUAAUUUUGCCUCCAUGUUUAAAAGUACUUGAUAGGACAGUCUUAUGGAUUUGGCAAAUUCAAGCCUUUUUACCCUUCUAGCUAAAUAAUUUUAUCCCAUUUUAGAAAAAAGAAUUCAAUCACAAAGAUAAAAAAGAAAUAUUGCACUGAGAAAGAAUUUACUGUUUUUGUACCUGGUAUGUGAACU